GAGGGUGUUGAGAAAGAGGCUGGACAAGCUGGUUGUCACCAACACAGCUGCUUCUACGGUAACAAACCCUCCUUGAAGGCAUUAGGAAGGUGCUUACAAGUGCCAGCACCUGUGUUGAGGGCUUUCCUUUAAAGCUGAGCCCAGGAAGCUGCUGUGCUGAGUGUUUUUAAGGUGCUGCAGAGAGUUUAGAGGCUGCCUGGGCUGGAGUGUCUGACCCCCACAGCACCUCGUUUACUGCUGCUUGUGGCAAAAUCCCACUUGUGCUGUCACCUCCCCGGCUGGGCUGUCACCUGGGCUGGCUGCACGGAUGGGAGUGGAGCAGGUCCUGCUCAUGCUGUUGGCUGCCUGCGCGGUGAUGCCUGCGAAGGACCCGUUGCUGAACAUCUGCAUGGAUGCCAAACACCACAAAACCACGCCUGGCCCGGAGGGGCUGCUGUAUAAACAGUGUGCUCCCUGGAAGGACAACGCCUGCUGCACAGCCAACACCAGCUCAGAAAUCCACAAGGACCAAUCCAGCCUGUACAACUUCAACUGGAACCAUUGUGGGGUGAUGCCGCCCAAGUGCAAGCGUCACUUCAUCCAGGACACAUGCUUGUAUGAGUGCUCACCCAAUCUGGGGCCCUGGAUUGAACAGGUUGACAGUAGCUGGCGCCGGGAGAGGAUUCUUCACGUGCCACUCUGCAAAGAGGACUGCGAGGAGUGGUGGGAGGAUUGCAAGGAUGCUGUCACCUGCAAGGACAACUGGCAUAAGGGCUGGAACUGGGCAACAGGAACAAACCGCUGUCCUUGGGGCUCCAUGUGCAGACCCUUCAGCGAAGUCUUCCCCCACCCAAAAGACCUGUGUGAGAAGAUCUGGUCCAACUCCUUCAAAUACACCACAGAGCGCCGGGGCAGCGGGCGCUGCAUCCAGAUGUGGUUCGACCCUGCCCAUGGAAACCCCAACGUGGUUGUGGCAAAGUACUAUGCUUGGCAAAAGAGAUCCUCCCCAGCUCGGCGGCAGAACGUGACUGCGAAGACAGGUCGAGCCGCACGUGCUCUGCCGUGGUCUGUCCUGGUCCUGCUGCCCCUCACCCUUGUGGUGCUCUCUGGGGGCUGGGGGUCUCUGUGACUGCACGUGACAACUUGUGUUGUUGGACCUUGAUACCUGCCUCUACUUUUGGCUGCUGACAAAGGUGGUUGUUUCCUUGCAACCCCAGGAAGGGCUCUCCUGGGUGUCUUUGCUCUGAUGUAGGAGCUCCUUCAGUCUGUUCCUGCUUCACGGCUCUGUGCUGGGUUUGAAGUGCUUGUUCGAGGUCCUCGGCUGAGCUCUGGUGCCUGGCCUUUCUGCCUCCCUGAUGGGUGGGGUUGAUAAUAAAACAUUCAUUUGGAUCA